ACACUCCCUCAGGCUAUAAAUUAGAAGCAUUUGCCUACUGAAGUGUGAUUUAUUAUUUUUAUAAAAAUGCCCAACCCUUCCAUCUCAUGUUUAGCUGGAAAGAGGCUUCUUUGUGCACCAAGGCUUUAAAUUGUGAGCAGCCGUUUACUUACUGCUUUUACUUCUUUGGAUCGUGUUGUUCAAGGAUCUUGGUUCACUCCUCUCACCAUGAAGAGUUUUGCUCUCCUUUUCCUAGUUGUGAUCUGUGGCAUGGGAGGACUGGGACAGAAGCUGAAGCCAAAGAAAAGAAGCAAUGGUGAAGAAAUCAAAUUUCGGACUAAAACCAAAGAUGUUUGCACAAUAACCAUGAGGGGUGAUGAUGAGGAGAUGAAACUUAGAAUUGAAUGCAAAAGCCAAGGCAUGUCCUACUGGUGUGAAUUCACUGGCAAGCCAUCAGUCUGUCGUGCUUUCAGAAACAAUCCAAAGAUUUACUGGAAUCAGAUCGCCGCAGAACUCAGAAAGAUCCCGCACGCUUGCGAAUCCAUGGAAGUGUUGAAGACCACCAUGUGCCAAAAGGCUCCCCCGGAGGCUCUCAUGAGGCAAAUAGCAGCUGGUGUGGAGCCAGAAGAUCUAGCAGAUCAGGAAAAAUUGGUCCAGAAAGCUUCCAUUCCUAUGAGGGAAGCAGGGCAAAGCUCUGACCCAACCCAACAUGGUCAAGGGUCUGAAAAUGAAACAGAAGCGAUGAAACUGGCACGGGAACAUUGCUGGGAAUCUCUGCAUGGUGUCUGCUCCUACAUCAUUGGCAUCCUUAGGGGUUAA